GUUGAAGGAAAAUCCAAAAUGGAUAAAAAGACGGAACAGAGAAACGGAACGGGGGAGGGAGAAACAGUAGAAAGCGUUUUGUCUUACGGAAGCAGAAGUGGAGAAGGCAAAAGCUGAUUAGGAUUUUCCUAUAUAAAAGCUCUGAGGUUGGAUUGGUUUCGCAGGUCGCAGACACAGCCAAUAAGUGUAGAAACCAGUGUUGUGACUUUGAGAGAGAGAGAUGGCGAUGAUGAAGCGAGUUGCUGAGUCUGCGGUUAGGGCUUUUGCUCUGGGUUCUACUUCCGGGGCUCUUACCAAGCACCUCCAUGCUUCAGCUGGAAGCAAAAAGAUUGUUGGGGUGUUUUACAAGGCCAAUGAAUAUGCUGCCAUGAAUCCCAACUUUGUGGGCUGUGUUGAGGGAGCCUUGGGCAUUCGAGAUUGGUUGGAAUCACAAGGGCACCAGUACAUUGUUACUGAUGACAAAGAAGGGCCAGAUUGUGAACUUGAAAAGCACAUUCCCGACCUCCAUGUUCUCAUAUCUACCCCCUUCCACCCUGCCUAUGUAACGGCAGAGAGGAUCAAGAAGGCCAAAAAUCUACAACUUCUGCUUACAGCUGGAAUCGGAUCUGAUCAUAUUGAUUUGAAGGCAGCUGCUGCUGCUGGGCUAACAGUUGCUGAGGUCACUGGUAGCAACGUAGUGUCUGUUGCAGAAGAUGAGCUCAUGAGAAUCCUCAUUCUUGUCCGGAAUUUCUUGCCUGGACACCAUCAGGUUAUUAGUGGGGAGUGGAAUGUUGCAGGUAUUGCUUACAGAGCUUAUGAUCUUGAAGGCAAGACAGUGGGAACUGUUGGUGCUGGACGUAUUGGUAGGCUUUUGCUCCAGCGAUUGAAGCCUUUCAACUGUAAUCUCCUCUAUCAUGAUCGGAUUAAAAUGGACCCAGAAUUGGAGAAUCAGAUAGGAGCAAAGUUUGAAGAGGAUGUUGAUGUGAUGCUUCCCAAAUGUGACAUAAUUGUCAUCAACAUGCCUCUUACUGAAAAAACAAAAGGAAUGUUCAACAAAGAGAGGAUUGCAAAGUUGAAAAAGGGAGUUCUAAUUGUUAACAAUGCUCGAGGAGCAAUCAUGGAUACACAAGCUGUUGCCGAUGCAUGCUCCAGUGGGCAUAUUGCAGGUUACAGUGGGGAUGUUUGGUAUCCACAGCCAGCCCCCAAGGACCAUCCAUGGCGGUACAUGCCAAACCAAGCUAUGACCCCUCAUAUUUCUGGCACCACCAUUGAUGCACAGGUACCCAAGUUUCUACUUUUCUUCUCCUUCCCUUCCCGUAUUUUUGCUUUUCUCAUGCUUGUAACUCAUAAAAUGGCCAAUGGGACAAUAUUGUGCAGUUGCGAUACGCAGCUGGAGUGAAGGACAUGCUAGACAGGUACUUCAAGGGAGAAGACUUUCCGGCACAACAUUACAUCGUCAAGGAGGGCCAACUAGCAAGCCAGUACCAGUAAUAAUUCAGUGUUUGUGUUGUGGACACUGUCUUCUACUUGAGUUCAUUUCCUUCCAUUAGGAUGAAUAAAUAAAUGUAUGGAAGAUGCUUUGUGGUUCCUUGGUUCUCUUUUGGUUGGAAAUGCUUAGAGCUGUUUGGGGGUGAACCUUUGAUGGUUGUAAUCUGUUCUAAUGCUUUAUGAGAUGCAAGUUGUUUUC